GUCGAAACGAAGGAAGCGCCGCUCGCCGCCGUCGCCGCGACGUCGAGCGACGAGUGUGCGGCCUUUUAGUUCGCGUUCGUACGUCGCCAGUGCCGACGAGAUUAAAUAAUACCUCGUGGAGGAAAACGUCACCAUGGACACCUGCUCUUCUGCCCCUUCCUCGUUUGAGACAUAAUUCUACACGACGUAAGGUUCGCUAAUCUGUACUCCGUCUACCAGUACGUUUUUUCGCUGACGACGAAUAAAAAAAAAAGGGAAAAGAAAAGAAAAGAUAAGAAAAGGAAAGAAAAACACGUACAUGUAUAAAAGAAGUUACUAAUCUUUAAUAAUAAUAAUAAUAAUAAUAAUAAAAAAGAAAAACAAAAGAAGGAAAAGAAAAAGAAGAAGAAGAAGAAGAAGAAGAAGAAGAAAACAAAGACAAACGAAGAAGAAAUAGCACGGAAAAGAAGAGGAAGCAUAGAUCUCGUACGAAGGAAAGAUUACAAAAAGAAAAAAAAAAAAAAAGAAAAGUAAAGGAGAAGAGGUGUUCCUAGUAUAAAUAAAUAAAUAAACGAUAAAACAAGGCAAGAGAAAAAAAAUUGAAACAAGAGAAAAAGAAAAUGAAAAAAGACAAAGCAUGAAGACGUGGUACGUGAAAGUCCGCAGUAAGUGAGUCGUGUGUGUGUAUAUAUUCGGUUUUGGGGGGUUGGGGUGGAGUUGGCAGGUGGAGGGGAGUUGGUUGGGGAGGGGGGGGCGUAGGAGACAGGUGUAUUUCGGAGAGUCGGGCUCAAGUGCCCGAUCAGUAGUUGUGUGAUGGUCUCAGGGUGGUGCCCGUGCGUGCCAUUAGGGCGCCGGGAAUCACCGGCCCAACAACAACAACAACAACAACAACAACAACAACAACAACCGCCAUCAUCAUCAUCAUCAAGAGGGGGAUUCACCAACGACGGUGCACCAUUCACCGUCAGCGCCGCGACGGACCGAGCAGAAAUGGUCCAAAUGUUCUAUUAUGAGAAUCGUGGCAAGUGUUGUAAGAAACUUCUAAGAUACAACGGCUAUCCGAAUAAGGUCCUAUUGUUUCCAGAGGAAGGUUGGGCAAGGAGUGCUAGCAGUUCCUAUUGGACAUUAACGCCAUUCUGGUGGAGUCGUAGCCGGUGUAAGGUCGUCGAAGUUGCCGGAACGAGAAGGUAUAGUACUCAGGCAAAAAUGGUGGAUACGGGAACGGGGACGCUUUAUAUCAUCGGCUCGUUCAAAAGAAUGACGACGGAUCCCGAUUUUAAGUUGUACCUGACGUCGAACGUGUCAUCGAGCGACUUUAACAUGGGCUACAGCAUGACGGGUACGUUGGAACGUGGCUGCAAGAAGACUAAUUCCUUCCAGAUGACCCAUUUUGCAGUGAUCCGUCGACGGGACUACGAAAAGGCCUAUGAAGAUCCAAAUCCCACCUAGUGUCCGUCCACACCCACACUAUCGGAGUGUGGGGAUUGCGAACACUAUACGUAGGAGUUGCCAAUCAGAUCAAUCCAUCAGAAUAUUUACAGGAUGAACCUUAUAACGUUAAUAUAUAUUUUAU